AUGACAUCUCGGCCUAUCUUUGUUGCCACGCAUCCUCGAGCUUGCUCGACAGCGUUCGAAAGAGUCUUCAUGACCAGGCGUGACAUUCUCGAAUGUGCACAUGAGCCUUUUGGAGAUGCCUUCUAUUAUGGUCCGGAGAGGCUGUCAGAGAGAUACGAGAAGGAUGAGGCUGCCAGGUUGAAGAGCGGAUUUGCCGACGUAACCUACGGAGACGUGCUUGAUCGCUUGAAGGCGUCAGUCCCUGAGGGUAAAAGACUGUUCAUCAAGGACAUCACUCACUACCUCUGUCCUCCUGACGGCAAGCCCGCAAAGAUUGCCCCUUCGCUUGCUGCAGCUGCCGAGGCUCAGAAGAACGGCAAGACCACGAACGGCGUCAAUGGCGCGGCCACAAAUGGUAACCACGUGAAUGGAACAGCCACCAACGGCAACCAUGUUAACGGCACUGCUCCCAACGGUAAUCAUGUCAAUGGAACAGCCACCAACGGCAACCAUGUUAACGGCACUGCUCCCAACGGUAAUCAUGUCAAUGGAGUAGUCACCAAUGGCAAUCAUGUCAACGGUGCGGCCACCAACGGCAAUGCCCAUGCCACCAGCGAGCCUGGAAACCCCAGCGUGGUGCCCCUGGCCAUACUGCGCGAGUUUCACUUCACCUUCUUGAUAAGGCACCCGCGCAGGUCCAUCCCCUCCUACUACCGCUGCACCAUCCCGCCGUUGGAUGAGAAGACAGGUUUCAAGAACUUCAUGCCCAGCGAGGCUGGGUACAUUGAGGUCCGCAACAUGUUUGAUUAUCUGCUCAGCCAGGGAGUCAUCGGCCCCCACAAGGCCGGCGAGCAGGCCCCGGCCAACGGCAGCGGCGUCAGCAUAACCGUCGUGGAUGCCGAUGACCUGCUUGACAAGCCCGCAGAAGUCAUAGAAGCCUUCUGCAAGGAAGUCGGCAUCGAUUACAGCCCAGAUAUGCUCAAGUGGGAGGACGAGGAGAAUCAGCAGUAUGCUCUCAAUGCUUUUGCCAAAUGGAACGGCUUCCAUGAUGAUGUUAUCGGAAGCACGUACCUGAAGCCUCGUACACAUGGCUGCAAGACGGUGACCAGGGAAUCCGAAGACGAAGAGUGGCGUCAGAAGUACGGAGAGGAAGGCCAAAAGAUCAUCAGGGAUUGCGUUGACGCAAAUAUCCCGCACUAUGAGUACUUGAAAUCUUUUGCUAUCAAGUUUUGA